UUGUACUACGACGCACUGCCCAGCCAGCCAACACCCACACCACCUUACCUUCCCUUGUCGUCGUCUUUGCAUCUCCCCUCCCUUUGCAGCACGCCGCCAACUCGAAGUCGACUCCUUGCUAUUACACUCGACACGUUCAAACUCGCAAGUUAAUAGCUCUCUCAUUUACAUUUCUUUCUCUGGCGCGACUCUGGCUCCCCCGCCUACGCCAAUUCAAGUCCCGUCUACUGGCCCGCCGACGUGUCGUUCCGUCCCACCGUCGUUGCCGUCGCCCCGCGCGCGCCGCCCCCUCCCCCCUCUGCCCCUGACUUCGCUCACUCCUCACUCGUCUCCUCCUUCCCUCGUCCUCCUUCCCUUCCUCUGCCUCGCCUUCCCCGGCACGACCACAAGUGACGACCUUGCCACCACCACAGCCAUACAGACACACGACACGCUCACCACUACCACUUUGUCGUUGCUCGUCGUCGUCGUGACCAACCCCCAACCACACCGCCGCACACUCCCCUCUCCACCCCCCACCCGUGCCCGCCCAUCAUGGCAGCGGCAUCUCGCAACAUUAAAUGCGUCGUUGUCGGAGACGGUGCAGUCGGAAAGACCUGCCUGCUCAUCUCGUACACGACCAACGCGUUCCCCGGAGAAUACGUCCCAACCGUGUUCGACAACUACAGCAGCCAGGUCAUUGUCGACGGCCUGACGGUUCAGCUCGGCCUCUGGGACACGGCCGGACAGGAAGACUACGAUCGUCUGCGUCCGCUCUCAUACCCUCAAACCGACGUCUUCUUGCUCUGCUUCUCCGUCGUCUCCCCAGCGUCCUUUGAGAACAUCCGGACCAAGUGGUGGCCAGAGAUUCAACAUCACUCGCCCGGAACGCCCAUCAUCCUCGUCGGCACCAAGCUCGACCUGCGAGAGGACCCUGCCCAGGUUGAGAGGCUGCGCGAGAGACGACAGUCACCAAUCCAGUAUGCGCAGGGCGCGGCGUUGGCACAGGACAUCAAGGCGUCGCGAUACCUCGAGUGCUCGGCCCUCACGCAGAUGGGACUCAAGACUGUCUUUGACGAGGCCAUCCGGACCGUCUUCAACCCCAACCGUCGUAAUAACAAGCCGAGGAAAUCGGGCCCCUGUGUCGUCAUGUGAUACCCCUUACAAGCAUAUCCUCGUCCCCCCUCACUCCUACCGCCACCAUCCCACCACUACGCCACCACUACCACCACUACCAUCACCACUACCUUAUCCUCCCCCCCUGCGACGACGUCUUGAUCUACCUAAUAAGCCAGCGACGACCCCCCACCUUAGCCCGCACGAGCGCGCCGGCCGACUACUUGCACUACCCCACUGGCUCGCCUCAGCAGCCGCCACGAAGAUGCUUGAUAUGUUCCUCCUCGUUCUGUACCACCAUGAGCCUUGCAUCCGAAUCGGCACCUCGCCUCUGUCCUCCCGCUUGGCCCCCUUCUGUCCAUAGAUUGGUGACACGCGCGCGAUAGAGUCGUGCCGUUCGGCGCUGCUGUGAAGACAUCAGAAAUCUGCACACAUGCUUGAC